CCUCCACACCUGGCGUGUUCUUCAUUCAUUCAACCAUACAUACAUACAUUCUUUACUAUUCAACUUCGUCCACUCUUUCAGAAAAACAUAUAGUCAAAAAUGUUCACCUCAACCACCCUCCUCCCCCUCCUCGCCUCCUCAGCGCUGGCGCUGCCCGCCCUCACCACCCGCGCCCAAACCCAAGCCUCCACCUCCCUCUGCGGCGACUACGACUACAUCAUCCUCCAGGACUCGCCAUGGAUCGUGUACAACAUGCUCUACAAUGCCGAUGAGAUCGUCGGUACCCAGUGCACCGACUACGGCGAGAUGACUACCUCCACGAAUGGCACGAAGGAGGUCGUUUGGAGUAGUGUGACUGAUAUUGAAUAUGUAGAGAGCACUAACAAUGUCCCCAAGGGAUACUCCUUCGUCGGACUAACCGAGAACCUGGAGACCAAGAUCUCGGCUAUCGAGUCCAUCCCAGCGGAAUAUACUUGGUCGAGGACGAAUUCUACUGCCUUUAAGGGCAACGUCUGCUUCGACUUCAUCACCUCCCCCACAAAGGGCGACUCCACCUCCACCUCCGCCCACGAACUCAUGCUCUGGUUGCAAUACGAAGGCGGCCAGCUCCCUAUCGGCUGGACCAACGGGGCCGUCGCCACCAUCGAUAACCUCUUCGGCACGUCCUGGAAGCUGUACGAGGACGUGAAUGAGGAUUCGGGCGUCACUGUCAGCUCGCUGUUGCCUGAUACCCAGUUCGAGGGCUCCUUUGAGGGUGAUCUCAAGGAGUGGUUGUUGGAGUUGGUCCAGUUGGGCAAGUUUACGAAAGAGGCGUAUGUGAAUGUUGGUAAUGGAGGUACUGAGUUCUUCUACGGUAACUCCGUUAUGAAUGCUACCUUGGGAUUGCAGAUUAACCUGGAUUAAAUCAUAUCCAAGAGCGGUAUUCGGGGGAAACUCUUGCGGGAUGUUAUUCCUUUUUGUGAGAGUGUUUGGGCUUGGAUAUUAAAUUCCUAUGGCUAGUCUUGUGUAACACUGCAGCUGUCACAUAUCUACCCUUGACAUAAGUCUAAUCCGAAGUGUCAAAAUUAAACGUUAACCUUG